AGGGAAGUGGCCCCUGGCCUCCACAGCUGAGGACAUGAGGGCUGUUUUUAGCCUCUUGCUUCCUGUCCUCCUGGCAGAGGUGUGGCUGGCGGCCAGUUUGAACCUCAGCUCCCAUUCACCAGAGGCCCAGGCAGACUUGGAGUCUCGGGGUCCUCAGAACCAGACUUUGGAGGAGAAUAAAUGGACUGUCUCCAGGGAUGAAGAGGAAGGAGAAUACUGGCUGAGGACUAGCCAGCAGCAGCUCUCCAAUGAGACCUCAAACUUUGGGUUCAGCCUGCUUCGGAAGAUCUCCAUGAGGCACGAUGGCAACGUCAUCUUUUCACCAUUUGGCCUGUCUGUGGCCCUGGUGAGCUUGAUGCUGGGAGCCAAGGGGGAGACCAAAGUCCAGGUGGAGAAUGGACUCCACCUACAGGCCCUGAGCCAGGCAGGACCCCUGAUCCUCCCAUCCCUCUUCAAGAGGCUCAGAGAGACCCUCUCUGGCAACCAGGAGCUGGACCUCGCCCAGGGUAGCUUUGCCUUCAUCCACAAGGACUUUGAUAUCAACGAGACCUACCUCAAUCUAUCCAAGAAGUAUUUCAAUACAGAGUGCGUGCCUACAAAUUUUCGAAAUUCCUCACAAGCCAAAGGGCUCAUGAACCUCUACAUUAACAAAGAGACUCGGGGGAAAAUUCCCAAGCUCUUUGAUGAGAUUAGUCCUGAAACAAAGUUGAUUCUGGUGCACUACAUCUUCUUCAAAGGGAAGUGGCUGACUCCAUUUGACCCCGUCUUCACUGAGACUGACACUUUCCACCUGGACAAAUACAAGGCAGUUAAGGUGCCCAUGAUGUACCGGGAAGGCAACUUUGCCUCCACCUUUGAUACGAAGUUCCGUUGUCACAUCCUCAAACUGCCCUACCAGGGGAAUGCCACCAUGCUAGUGGUCCUCAUGGAGAAAACAGGUGACCACUUGGCCCUGGAGGACUACCUGACCAUAGAUCUCGUGGAGACAUGGCUCCAGAAUAUGAAAACCAGGAAGAUGGAGGUUUUCUUUCCCAAGUUCAAGUUGGACCAGAGGUAUGAGAUGCAUAAGCUGCUCCAGCAGAUGGGAAUCAGGAGAGUCUUCUCCACCUCAGCUGACCUCAGCGAACUCUCAGCCGUGGCAAGAAAUCUCCAGGUGUCCAAGGUCUUACAGCAAUCAGUGCUUGAGGUAGAUGAAAGAGGAACCGAAGCAGUGUCGGGGACACGGUCAGAGAUUGUCGCUUACUCCAUGCCUCCUGUCAUCAAAGUGAACCGGCCUUUUCAUUUCAUGAUCUAUGAGGAGAUGUCCAGGAUGCUUCUGUUUCUGGGCAGGGUGGUGAACCCCACUGUCCUGUGACUCAGGCGUGUAUAAGCCUCAGUCACAGCAGCUGCUGAGCCAGAGGUGUGGGAACCACAGGAUGCUGGUAGUGAAUGGUUAAGGAUGUGCCCUCUGCAUCCAGCCAGUUUGUUGUGGCUGUUCUCUGAUCAACACAGAAAUUAAAAUGAUAUCUGUGCGAUCUGUCCAGAAUUUUAUACUUGCUCCAGAGAGCCUUUGCUGACUGACUGAAGACUGGGUAAGGAGAACCCUUCUCUGCGGCUCGCAUGCCUGGACUUUGAGAGCAGUAGGUAGGACAGUGGAUGUGGAACAAAGUCUCUGGGAAUACAUGGACAUUCUCCUACAGGCAUGUUUUCCCUUUCUAUUUCUCCCUUGUGCUAAAUCAGGGUUUUAUUUUAGUUUAUCCCAGAAGUUUUCUCUCUUUGUGUCUCUCUCUCCCCCGCCAGUCUCUGUCUCUCUUCUCUUUUCCUCUCCUUCCCCUCCAUAACUCACCCAACCCCCUCUCUCUGAAAGAGAUCCACAACAUAGCUCUGGCUAGCCUGGAACUCUAUAUAGACCAGGCUGGCCUUGAACUC